AUGUUAUCUUUUUUUAAACCCCUUGGAAAUUUUCCAACAUUCCAAAACUUAAAAUAUCUGGGGAAAUGGUGGAAGUUAGAAAGUUCGCUAUCCCUCUCAUUUCAAAAGUCUCAUCAUGAAAGCAACAAACAUGUUUCAAGGUCGAUGAGCACCAAAGAAAAGUCUUUGGCGUCUUCAACAGAGCCCACAGUCGACCAACAUUCAAACACAGAGUAUACAAAGUACUUGAAAAGUGUCUCUCCUAGGCACAACAGAUGGAAACCCGAAGAAUUAGAAGAGCUGUUAGGAGCAAUAGAGGAGUAUGGUAAAAAUUGGAGAUUGAUCAAAUCAAAAAUUUCUGUAGAUAGAACAUUGGUUUCGAUUAUGAGUAAAUAUUAUAAUUGGCAACUCAAAGCUUUCUCAUCCAAUAGUAACAAACCUUGGACACCAGAGGAGGAGAAAAAAUUUCGUAUGGGAUUGUUGACAUUUGGUGCGGGUGAAUGGAAACGGAUAGCAGAAUUUAUAGGGACAAGGAAAUCGUUUGAAGUUAAAAAGAAAUGGGCAUCUGUUGGCCAAAAUAAACGAGGCAGAUUUACACCGGAAGAAGAUCAAAUAUUGGAAAAAUUAAUUUCCGACCACGGAACGCGUUGGGAUCAAUUUGCCGGAAUACUGGGGAGGCCACCGAAUCAUAUAAGAAGACAUUAUGUUUACAUUAAAAAUUAUAAAUUUACCAAUGAAGAAAAAGAUUUACUGCGUGAAACUUUGAAAGAGGUCGGAUUUGAUUGGAAGAAAGUAAUGGAAAAAUUUCCACAAAGGAAAUUAAGAUUUGUAAAAUUGGUUAUCAGUAACAACGCACAUUUGAACCCAUUUGUUGCACAAGGAGCUUGGAGUGAAGAAGAAAGGAAGUUAUUCCAGGAGGCUCUUGAAAAAUUUGGGAACAAUUGGAGAGAAGUAUCGCAAGUAGUAAAAACAAGAUCACCAAAACAGUGUUCCAGUUAUUAUCAAUGCAUAAAGACUAAAAAGUGA